AUGGAGGACCCCACUGAAGUCACCCCUGGGGAGCCCACCCUGACGGCAAGGAGGCCUGCGGGGCCCUGGGGAGGCGGCAUCGGCAGGGGCGAGGUCCAGACGGCAGCCAUGAGCUCAUCUGCUGGCUGGGAGCGGGAGGGGCCUGAGGAGGCCAAGGCCAUGGCCAGAGGAGAAGCAGCUUCUCCCCGGGGUGUCCCUGGGCCUGUGGCAGAGACCCCUGUCGGCCAGAAGGGAGUAUAUCCCACAGACCUGACCCUGCAGCUGCUGGCCGUGCGGAGGAAGGGUGGGCGGCGGGACCCCAGCCUGCAGCAGGCCCUGCGUGCCCGACUCCGCCUGCUGGAGAAUGACAGCCGGGAGGUGGCCCGCGUGCUUGGGGAAUUAUCGGCCAGGCUGCUGUCCAUCCACAGCGACCAGGACCGGAUCGUGGUGAUGUUUAAGACUUUCGAAGAGAUCUGGAAGUUCUCAACCUACCACGCGCUUGGGUUCACACACCACUGUCUGGAGAACCUGCUCGUGGACCAGGCCUUCUGGCUGCUCUCGCCCGAUGAGGAGGAGGCGGCGGCCAUCCGAGUGCACGUGGAUGAGGACGCCUUGAAGCGGACCCAUGAGAGUCUUCUGGUCCAGGAGGGACCCUUCUUCGUGCUGUGUCCUGACCACCAUGUGAGAAUGAUGACCGGACCCCUGGGCGCAGGGAAGGGCCCCCAGCCCCUCAGGCGGGCUUCGGGGGGUCCCCAGGGAGAGGCAGCCCCAGAAGCAGACCCCUGGCCGCCGGGCCCUGGCGUGUCCUCCGAGGAGGUGGCAGCGGCGGCCACCCCGGAACCUCUGAUUCCGUUCCAUCAGUGGGCUCUUAGGGUCCCCUGGGACCCCGGCGACGACCCCAUGGGUGGCCCUGUGACAUCUGACACCCCACGGAUGGCGGUGGGCCUGGCCUCAGCAGUGGCAGACUGCCAGGGCUCCGGGCCCGAAGAACUGACGUUCCAGGCCAGCGACCUCAUCGAGCUCCUCGGGGUGCAGGUGCCUGGCCUGCCCUGGUGUGUAGGCCGUCACACGGCCUCGGGCCAGGUGGGGUUUGCGCAGACCCGUCUCCUCAGUGCGCAGGGCUCUGUGUCCGGGUUGGAAGAUGCGAUUUUUCUCAGUGAGGAAGAAAGAUCCUUCUUUAGCAACGAGGGCCGCUUCUCCGAGGAGGACGCCCGGCAGCUGCUGAGGAGGGUGUCGGGCACAGACGUGUGCUCCGUGUACAGCCUGGACACGUCGGAAGACGCCGAGAUUGAGCAGCCGGGAGAACAAGAAAUGCCCGCCCCAUGCCUGGGCCCAGAGCCACAGGAGACCCUGCUGAAGGUGAAGACUGUCCUCGAGCAACGCAAGACCUGUCUGGGCUGCCCCGAGGAGCCGGAGCCCUGGGGUCUCCACGCACCCUCCAGCCGUGGGAGCUCGCCGGACGCCGAGGAGCCCUCCUUCUGCCUGGACACCGAUGACGACUGGGUGGACCCUGAGGCCCCGGGCUCACUGCUGCAGCUCCUGGACGCCCCCGGGUACGAGGCCUGCUUCCGCGGCCUGUACGACGCCGCCCUGCCGGGCCGGCCCCGGCAGGCGGCCGAGGGCUACUACCGCGCCCUGCGUGUGGCCCGGCGCCUGGGCCGGCAGCGCAACCAGGCUGUGGUGCUGGCCAACUUUGGGGUCCUGUGUCUGCACGCGGGCGCCGGCGGGCUGGCCCGGCACUACUUCCUGGAGGCCGUCCGGCGCUUCUCGCGGCUGCCCAGCGGGGAGUGUGGCCGGGACUUCACGCAGGUUCUCCUGCGGCUGGGCCACCUCUGCACCCGCCAGGCCCUCGCCCGGCAGGCCAAGUGCUACUACGAGUGGGCCUUCCUGGUCGCCGUGGAGACGGACCACUUGGAGAGCCAGCUGCAGGCCGUGCAGCGGCUGGCAGAGCAGAACCCCUCACUGGGCGCAGGUUGUGAGAGCGCAUUCUCGGGCCCCUCCCGGUGCUGGGAGGUGGACGGACGCACCAGAGCCUGGCGCAGCUGGCGGGCCUACAAGUCUGCACUGGACUACACCAAGCGGAGUCUGGGGAUAUUCAUCGACCUCCAGGAGAAGGAGAAGGAGGCGCACGCCUGGCUGCAGGCGGGCAAGAUCUAUUACAUCCUGCGGCAGGACGAGCUGGUGGACCUCUACAUCCAGGUGGCGCAGAACGCGGCCCUGUACACGGGGGACCCCAACCUGGGGCUGGAUCUGUUCGAGGCAGCCGGAGACAUCUUCUUCAACGGGACCUGGGAACGGGAGAAAGCCGUGUCCUUCUACAGGGACCGGGCGCUGCCCCUGGCGGUGACCACGGGCAACCAGGAGGCGGAGCUGCGGCUGUGCAACAAGCUGGUGGCACUGCUGGCUGAGCUGAAGGCGCCCCAGGAGGGCCUGGAGUUCGCCCACACAGCCCUGGCCCUCAGCAUCACCCUGGGGGACCGGCUGAACGAACGAGUGGCUUGCCACCGGCUGGCCGCACUGCACCACCGGCUGGGCCACGGCGAGCUGGCCGAGCACUUCUACCUGAAGGCGCUGUCACUGUGCAGCUCGCCGCUGGAGUUCGACGAGGAGACCCUGUACUACGUGAAGGUGUACCUGGUGCUUGGAGACAUCAUCUUCUACGACCUCAAGCCGAGGCAGGAGGGCGCUGGUGACAUCUGGUGGUCAGAGGUGGUCCCUGCGGCCUUCCGCUAA